GAAGCGACAGGCCGCGAAGCUAACAACAGUCCUGAUUUCAUCGACAAGAAGAUCAACCACGAGGGGAUCGGGCACCGCGCUGAGGAGGUAAACCGCGAGAGGAUCGGGCACCGCGUGCGGCGGAUCAAUCGUGCGUGGAUCGGGCGCCACACUGGGGGCAGCAUCGAGGUCGGCCCGCGGGUGAGCAGGGCGAGCCCAAGCCUCGGACUCCGCAUUGCCGCGUUGAUAUCAUCCAUGGCCGCGGCAAGGGCAACGCCAACUGCGCCACCUACUGAGGAAGAUGCCAAUGCAAUGAUCCACGUUAUGCUGGCCGUCCUGUUCGCGAUGACUACGGCCGCGAUAUACCUCGCGCGGCAGAUGAGGGAGAUCGGAGCAUUGAUCCGACAGUCCCAGGAGAUCGAGAGAAUGCCGCGGCUGAUUCACGCGGACGAUAACCGCACUCGAGGCUCGACUCCGACGACGGCGACAGGCACCGUUACGAGAACGAGGACGCUCAUGAAGGUCGGUAGCGGGGGGCCCGAGCCCAUGGGGAUCGAGAGCGACAGUGCCAUAUUCGGAGAGGAACCAGUCCAGAUCACGGGGCAGAGGACGGCCAAGGCGGAGAUCAAGGCGGCGCCGCGGGAUCUUGAUUUCGCGGGAAUCAGCGCGAAGUUGUUGAAGGCCGGUCUCGAGGACAUUCCCGCGGCGAUCGAGGUGUCCGAGCGCGUGGCGAGGCGCUGCAAUCCCGAGGGCAAGCAGGUUAUUAAGGGUGAGGCGAACAAGAUGGCCAGUGGCAUUGGCUACUACGUUGACCCCGAGUCCAUUGACGGACUGUUGAGUGUGCGAGGAGCGUUCUGCAGCGUGGAGAAGGCGAAGGCCGCGCUGGCAGCCUCAGGGGGCUGA